AUGUGGACGCGGAUACUCGCACGAGCAACACGUGCCCUCGCUGUUGCUGGCAACUACUCAUCAACACACCAACGCAUCUCCAACCCUAUCUUUUGCGAAAUCCCCAAAUCAAGUUUCCCCCAAAUUCUCAGCAACCCUCGACUUUUCGCCACCGAUUCCACCCUCACCCUCGAUGAUGAGCUAUCACCGGAUUCUUCACAAAAUGGUGGUGACACGUACGAGGUUGACGUGGAAAAGUUGGAGAGUGUGCUGCGUCUUCUUCAAACCAGUGCUGAUGGGUCCUUUGAGUCGUAUUUGGAUGACAUGGAAUUGAGUCUGCAUCAUCAAUUGGUGACAAAAUUAAUUGAAACUCCGUUUGUUUCGGGUGAGAACCUGAUAAGGUUUUUCAGAUGGGCAUGGACUGAGAGAUCAUUGGGGGUGACCACUCCAAUGGUGGAAUCUCUAGUUUUGGCCAUAUGUGGAAAUGAUGUGAAGAAGGAAGAGGCGUACUCGUUGUGGGAUUUGGUUAAAGAGAUUGGAGAGAAGGAGAGUGGAAUCCUCAAUUUGAGGAUUCUCAAUGAGUUGAUACUUUCAUUCUCGAGGUUGGGGAAAGGGAAGGCUGCAUUGGAGGUGUUUGAUAAAUUUGAGGCCUUUCACUGUGUGCCGGAUGCGGACACGUAUUACUUCACAAUCGAGGCGCUUUGUCGGCGGCGUGCUUAUGAUUGGGCUUUUGGUGUUUGUGAGAAGAUGGUUGAUGCACGGACAUUGCCUAAUGGUGAGAAGGUUGGUGCCAUUUUGUCUUGGUUGUGUAAGGGCAAGAAGGCUAAGGAAGCCCAUGGAGUGUAUGUGGUGGCAAUGGAGAAAGGGAAACGGCCACCGAUGAGUGCGGUUAGCUUUUUGGUUGCCAAGCUCUGUGGAGAAAAUGAAACUGUGAAAUUUGGUUUGGAGAUGUUGGAGGAUAUCCCUGAGGAGAAGAGGGAGCGUGCGAUAAAGCCGUUUUUGGCGGUUGUUCGGGCAUUGUGUAGGAUUAAGGAAGUUGAUAAAGCCAAGGAGUUGGUGUUGAAGAUGAUUAAGGAUGGGCCGCCACCUGGAAAUGCUGUAUUCAAUUUCGUUGUCACAGCGUAUACAAAGGCCGGGGAAACUGGUAAAGCUGUAGAGAUGAUGAAGCUGAUGGAAAGUAGGGGUUUGAGACCGGAUGUGUACACAUAUACUGUUCUUGCUAGUGCUUAUUCAAAUGGUGGGGAGAUGGAAGAGGCUCGGAAGAUCUUGGUAGAAGCGAAAAAGAAGCAUGUUAAGCUGGGCCCCGUGAUGUUUCACACCCUGAUUCGUGGAUAUUGCAAGUUGGAACAGUUUGAUGAGGCUUUGCAGUUGCUGUCUGAGAUGAAAAAUUAUGGCGUUUGCCCCACUGCGGAUGAGUAUGAUAAGUUGAUACAGUCUCUCUGCUUGAAGGCUUUGGAUUGGGAAAUGGCGGAAAAGCUACAGGAGGAAAUGAAAGAAAAUGGUUUGCAUCUCAAGGGCAUUACAAGGGGUUUGAUAAGAGCUGUCAAGGAGAUGGAGAAGGAGGUUUUGGAGGGUUAG